AUGUGGGCCUCUCAUUGGUGUUGUGCCCAAUCGACAGUCCUGGAGCAUGGGCGGGAGGUGGAGGGUCGCGGGCUGGUGCCGCAGUCGGUAGAGGAACCUGGUGCUGCAGAUGGGUUGGACGGAGUGGAUGGUGACGGUGAUGCAGAUGGUCCUACAGAUGCGGACGUGCGAGGCGCUGCGAAAGGCCCUGGCGCUGCGGAUGGGCAGGGCGCUGCGGAUGAUGCAGGGGCAGCGGAUGAUGCCGGUGCUGCGGAUGGGCGGGUCAUAGAAGUGGGUGAUGGUGCUGCGGAUGGGCGGGGCGUUGCGCAAGGUCCUGGCGCUGCGGAUGGGCAGGGCGCUAUGGAUGGGCAGGGCCUUGCGGAUAAUGCUGGUGCAACGGAUGAUGUCGGUGCUGCGGAUGGGCGGGUCGCAGAAGCGGGUGACGGUGCUGCGGAUGGGCAGGGCGCUGCGGAAGGCCCUGGCGCUGCGGAUGGGCAGGGCACUGCGGAUGAUGCUGGUGCUGCAGAUGAUGUUGGUGGUGCAGAUGGGCGGGGCGUAGAGGAGGGAGAGGGUGGUGCGCCAGCUGGUGGAGUGGGGUUUGGCCCCGGCGCGUCGGCCACAGGUGCCGGACCGUAG